AGCAGCAGCAGCAGCAACAGCAGCAGGGCGGGAGUAGUGGACAAGGCAAGCAUGUGCGAGCGGGCAGCUCGUCGACUGCGGCUGCUACGGCUGGUGCUGAUGCUAUUAUGAGCAUGAACGCUCGUGACGACUUGCUGGAUAAGCGCGUGAGUUUGUUUAAGCAUCUUGAUGGUACGAGACGGUCGGGGACUGCGGACGCGUCGAAGGACAUUCAUCCUGCGAUCUUGUCGUUGACGCUGCAAAUCGCUUCGUAUACCGUCAUCGGAUCCAGUGCGCGGUGUAUGGCCACCCUGCGAGCAUUCCAGGAGGUCAUCAAAGACUACAGAACCCCAGCAGGCACAACACUGAGUAGAAAUCUGACAAACCAUCUCAGCAAGCAAAUCGAUUUCCUAAAAACCGCGCGCCCGCUAAGUGUGACGAUGGGCAACUCGAUCCGCUGGCUGAAGCAAGAGAUUUCAAUCGUCAGCAUAGACGUCUCCGACCAGCACGCGCGCGACUCCUUAAUCGAAAAGAUCGACACUUUUAUCCGCGACAAGAUCGAGGUUGCCGACCGCGUGAUUGUGCAGACCGCGUCCCCGCAAAUCAGCAACGGCGACGUCGUGCUCACGUUUGCCAGGUCGCAAGUGAUUGAGCAGAUCUUUUUAGAGGCGCAUUCGCGGGGCACGCAGUUCAGCGUCGUUGUCGUCGACUCGCGGCCGUUUUACGAGGGAAAAGAGUUAGUCCGCCGGCUGUCGAACGCGGGGCUCAAGUGCGAAUACGUCCUCAUCUCGGGACUAUCGUAUGUCAUGAGUGAUGCCACGACGGUGUUUUUGGGCGCGCACGCGGUGAUGUCGAACGGCCAGCUGUAUUCUAGAGUCGGAACCGCGCUUGUGGCGAUGAGCGCAAAGAGAAAGAACGUGCCGGUCAUUGUCUGUUGCGAGAGUCUCAAGUUUUCAAAGGAAGUCCAGCUGGAUUCCGUCACUUUCAACGAGCUCGGCUGUCCCGAUGACCUCGUCAACAUCUCGAGCGAGUCAACUCCUAAACCAGGCCCACUAAAGGACUGGCGCACGAAACCAAACCUGAAGCUUCUAAACAUCCUGUUUGAUCUAACGCCGCCCGAGUACAUCAAAAAGAUCGUCACUGAAGUCGGCAGUCUGCCGCCUAGUUCGGUGCCGGUCAUCUUGAGAGAGUAUGAACGGAUUUGAAGUAGAUUUGAGAGUGACGUGUAAAAUAGUAGGAUUUAGGGAAAUUAUUAGUUUGCUUGGAUGUUUUCCGUUAUGUUUAAUAUCAACUCUUCUACUCA